AUGGGGUGUAAGAGCCUUUUGGUAGCUGUGGCCAGCCACAGCAAGAAAAUUUCCAGACAGAGCCUGGAAAUACACGAUCUCCAGGUUGCUGUUGGCCGACUAUUGCCUGGGGAAUCCGAGGUCGCUCAUAUCGAAAAUGAGGUCACUUCACGAGGUCAAAGGGAACCAGCCCGGGUCCAGUCCCCACGCAUUGCAGUUCCACUCCCCAACCUCAGACCACGACCAGCCUGUUGCCUACUCAAGAUCCAAUCAAACCUGUGCAAGUCGGUGGCACUGCACUAUCUGCCGAUAAGAGGUCCCGGUGUUUGGAGUCAAGGUUGCUGCUUUUACUGUGGGGAAGCAGGUCACCUGCAGGCUGAAUGUCCGAAGCAGCAGCCACCUGCAGAAAAGCUAAGACUGUCCAGUGUUGGGGGGACUUUGAUGGUAGCUGCCACUACGUCCAAUCACAUGGAUUCUGGUUUUGUGAUGAAGGUGGAGCUCACCUGGGCUAAGAACUUCAGGCAGUUAGAGGCUUGUGUGGACUCAGGGGCAGCCGGUAAUUUCCUGGAUUUAAGAACAGCCCAACGAUUCGACAUACUGCUACAGGAGUUGAGCCAGUCCAUGCCCACAACUGUCUUGGAUGGCCGCCCACUAGGCUCCAGGCAGAUCCAGCAACAGAUGGUGGAAUUGGGGAUCAUGUGGAAGACGUCCAUGGAGGAGCACAUCGUUCACGUCAGGGACAUUUUAAAGAGGCUUCUGGACCAUGGACUUCAUGUCAAGUUGGAGAAGUUGGAGUUUCACAUGAUGACUGUUUCUUCAUCUCUAAUGGCUACCUCAAGAUGGACCCUAACAAGACCCAGGAACUUCAGCUCGGUGGCAGCUCUGCUGACGGUGCUGACUAAAAAUUCCACGGGCCUUUUUGUCGGAAUGAUUGAAAUGGUGGCUGCUUCUGCAGAGCUUAAGUGGCUAUCCCCCACAGAGAAGAACUAUGACAUCGGGAAUCGAGAGCUUCUUGAGAUUGCCGUGACAGUGAAGAUAUCCUUCUCAAUGCUGGAGGUUUGGUGUCUGCUGCUACUUAUUGAUGCAGAUACUGUCCACGUCAUCUGGAGAAACUGCAGUCAUAUCGCACUGAAUUCCUCAGUCCUUCGUCUCGGUAAUCCUUUAACGGCUACUUGCCUGUUGAGAAGUGAAGCGUGUGCUCUUGACUACAAAGUUAGCCUAACUGCUUUGGUCUGGCAAAUGAACGGGGAAGAGAUUUCAAGAGCCCAGUACAGUGUGUUGAAUAACCAAGUGUCUACAGUCACCUUACCUAAUUUCAAUCAACUUGAAGGGAACCUGACUUGUUCUGUUUGCAACAACGGAUCACUGCAGCUACUUCAGUGGGCCAAAGUCAGAGCUGGAUACCCUCCAAUGAAACCACGCCUUUUAUUCUGCACAUCGUACUGGACCUCAUUUGCAGUACAGAGCAUCGUUUGUAAUUGGGAUCCAGGAUCUGAAACAUACCUGGAAACAAGCUUCACGUUACACGUAUCAGAAACUACUGGAAAUUGCACUACCAGAUAUUUAAAACCAAAGAAUUGUACUGCAAAUAAGACCAAGAACUCAUGCAUGGUCCUCGUUUCAAAUUUGAUAUCCUAUCAUGACAUCUGGGUCACAGCUAAGAAUGCACUUGGUACAGAAAUGUCCAACCACAAGUGCCUUGAUGGCAUGCUAAUAGUGAAAUUCAAAGCUCCUCAGAUAACUGAAAUGUUGCAGGAUGCAGAACAAAACGACUGCCUAAUUGGACAGUGGAAGAUGCCCUUUGAGAUGACUAAUCAUAGCAAGGCUGCUUUCGAGAUUCAGUACAAGGCACUUAAUGAAGAGAAAUGGAUCCAGGUUUCCCUAACAGCAAUAAAUAGUACGCGUUUCAGGCAGUGUAACCUCUUACCUUACACCAAGUACCAGCUGAAGAUCCGUUGUAAGCAGAAAGCUGAGACCAGUCCAUGGAGCGAAUGGAGUAACGAGAUCACAGGCAUGACAGCACAGCGUGCUCCAACUCAACAACUACAACUCUGGAGAAGUAUUGAGAAGCCUAAUUCAGAAGGAAUUCGCAGAGUGCGUCUUAGGUGGAAGCCACUCAACAAAAGUGCAGCAAAUGGAAAGAUUUUGGGUUACAGGAUCAGACUGCAUAAGCCAGAGCUGCAGGAAUACAACACCUCCUUCCUAGAGAGCACCCUCCAUCUGCCUGACGGUAACUACAGUAUCCAGGUUUCAGCGGGAGAAUCUCCAAAAGCUCAGCUUGUUAUUUCAUCAUCUAAAAUGCAAGAUUUACCGUCUCUGUCCCGUGUUCUUGCUUUUUCAAAUGGAAAUGACAGCCUUCUGAUUCAGUGGGAGCCUCCCAGUAUAGCGGCAACUGGUUAUGUGGUCGAAUGGUGUGUAGUGUCUCAGAAAAUUCCCUGGAAUAUCAGCUGGCAAAACACCCCUGGAAAUAUUACUGAAGUCAUCAUACAUGAUAACAUUAAGCCAAUGCAUCUCUACAACAUUUUGGUUUACCCUAUUUUUGAUGACGUAUCAGGGUUUCCAGCAUCCACACAGGCUUACUCAAAAGAGGGUGCUCCAAGCUGCGGUCCUGAAAUUUGGUCUAAACAGAUCUGGAAGACCAAAGUCCAUCUUGAAUGGCAUGAGCUUCCGAUCGAUGAUCAGAAUGGCUUCAUCAGGAGUUAUACAGUGUUAUAUAAGAAUGGGAAUGGCAAGCUGAAAUCUGUUGUUGUCAAUGAAUCUGAGCACAACUGCGUCCUUAAUGGCCUGUCACCAAGCACAGAGUAUGAUGUGAGCACUGUGGCCUCAACAGAUGCAGGAAAUGCUGCGGGCUCUAGUCUGGCUGUUACAACCAAGACAUUUGAUGAUGGAGAAGUGGAGUUGUUCCUGAUCUGUGUCUUCUCUUUCCCUCUGUUUACAAUCCUGGCUUUGAUGGGUGCCUGCAUCUUCCAACGACACAGAAUUAGAAAACAGUUUUGGCCCAACGUUCCAGAUCCUGCAAAUAGCACCCUCGCUCACUGGAUGCCAAAAAAGUUGUGGCAGGAUGUAAAAGACCUUCAGGAGGAUCAGAAUCCAACGUUUCAAGUCCAAGUUGUUCAUUGUGGUGGUCAGGCCAAAUCCAGUGUUAGUGGUACCAAAUGUUACUGGAUGCAGGGCACCAAGACUGAGAGCGGUCCAAGCUCUGUCACCAACAGUCUGAAUGAAGUCAACUGCAGCAUCAAGCAACCCCUACAGGAAUUCAUCGCCGCACAAAAUGAGUUUGAUUCACAUGAAAUGGAACACUUCCAGCAGCUUGAAGCAGAGACCAUGACCAUAAAUGAAUAUAAUAAACAGAGAAAUGCAACAUUUGCUGAUUUCCCACCAAAUUCAUCACCAACUCUUCUCACUUGUUUACCUCAAGUCAUUCCUCAUGAUGAACAUAGUCUGCUGUCACUAUUUCAGAGCAUACCAGAUGACAACCACGGUAAAACUCUGCAGGAGAUGAGUCAUAUACUUGAAAAAGAGGAAAUGCUGUGCAGUUUUCCAUUUUUAAUGAACCUGCAUACCCUUUCAAGCUCUGAGAUAUUAACCUAA